ACCUUUAAGCUUCUAGCACGUGUGGAGCAUUCACUUAAUUGUUAUUUUUAUGCAGUUCAGCUUGCUUGUUGGACAAUUAAGAGAGCAGGGAUGCGUGACAACACACCGCCACACCGGCCAGAUUUCGACGACGGCGAGGACGAACUCGAGGAGAUAAUUGAGCUGGAAGAACAGCCGCUGGACGAAGAUGACGACGAUUUGGAGGAAGUGACGCUGGAGCAACUGGAGGCCCGGCUUGCAAUGGCCGGUGGCGAUGAUGACGAAGAGGAGGAUGAGGAGGAGCUACGUGAUCGUGAGAGAAUAUCCGCCAUCACGGAUGAAGCUAAGGUCACGUUUGAGAAGCACACAGCUCCUGUUUUCGCCUGCAGUCUGCAUCCCACUUACAACUGGGCAGUGACGGGCAGCGAGGACGAUCGAGCCUACGUUUGGGAAACCUCCAGCGGCGAUGUCCUGUACGAGAUCACAGAGCACAAGGACACCAUCACGGAAACGCACUUCAGUCACGAUGGCGUCUAUCUGGCCACCGGUGAUAUGGCCGGUGAACUGUUUGCCUUCAAGGUUAGCGAAGAACACGACGUGCGCCCAAUCCUGACCAAAAUCUGGGAGUACUCCAUGAGCGACAUGUCCUGGCUCUUCUGGCAUCGAGCUGCCCACAUCCUGCUGGCGGGCAGUGACAGCGGGGAGGUCUUCGUUUUCCGCAUACCCAGUGGUGACUGCAAAAUCCUGCCUGGACAGUCUUCGCGUUGCGAGUUCGGGGAGCUCAGUGGGGAUGGCAAGAAGCUGUUCACGGUCUACUUGAACGGAUCCGUGAAACUCUGGGAUCUCAAGAGCUGUCAGGUGCUCUUUGACAUCAACGAAACGCAUCCAAUGGGAUUCGGAGAGAUCGCGCACGCGGUGGUGGCCUGCGAAAGAGAUUCCCCCUUCUACGUCUGCGCUGAGUCGUCGGGCAAAAUGCUGUUCUGCACUAACAACGGUGCGGUUAGCACGAUCCAGUCGGAACACGGAAUCGAGUGCCUGGCCUUUGCUCCACCCUCGGCGGAUCUAAAGCUUCUUGCCUGUGGCUCGCUGGACGGCAGGAUUUCCAUCUGGGACUACGCCAAAUCUGCGUUGCGUACCAUAUGCGAGAAUCCAGUUCCCAAUGAUGGUGUAUUAAGGAUCAAGUGGCUGAGCGACCACACGAUACUUGCGGCCACUUCGCAGGGAAAUCUGAACGCAUUUGACGCACGCACAGGAGCGCUGAAAUUCACGCUGACGGGACACCACUAUCACAUCUACGAGUUUGUCUACAAGCCACAGGAAAAUCUACUACUGACGGUAUCCGAGGACCAAACGGCCAAGAUAUUCCAGGUGCCGGCGCUGGGCGAUUAGUUAGGUUUUAAAUUUUUGUACUGUGCUAUAUAUGUAAAUAGUAAAUACAUAUAAAAAAUUA